AGAUCUUGCACUGAUGCUGUUGUUGCAAUGCGGGAUAUAGAAGAGUUGCUCUACUAAAUGAAAACACAAUAAGCAGUGAUGGGGUACCAAAAAUGGAGAAUCAAAUCUACAUAGGGACUCUCCCUGGUCUCUGCAAAACCAACAAUAAAAUAUGAAGCAUGCCAUGAAAUAACACUGAGUGGCUCCAACACGCAACCCAAACGUGCAAUUGCUUACAUCUUUCCUCGCUAUUUGUAUUUGCUAUAAGCUAUGUCUCUUUCACUCUUUAAUUAUUUACCCUCAUAAUUCAUUUUCUCACCCCCCCCCCCCCAGUCUUUAAUUCCUCCAUUUUUUUUACCAUAUCUAUACUCAUUUUUUACUUUUUAACUGUAAAAAUAUGGAUGAUGAGAUGGAAAAGAAAGGAAAGAUGAUCUGGGUGAAGAGAAGCUGGUGUAGUCUGUUUGGCGGCAGGUACUCUCCUCAAAACUCACCCCCCAACACACAAGUAAACACAGAAGAUAUGGUUAUUCCUCCACCAGUUAGGCCACCAAGGAUUUUACACUUUCUCAAACCUUAUGUGCUGAAGAUGCACUUCACGAAUAAGUUUGUGCAUGCCCAAGUAAUCCAUUCACCAACUGCGACAGUAGCGUCUUCAGCAAGUUCUCAGGAGAAAGCCUUGAGGGGCAGCAUGGGAUCUACACGAGAUGUGGCAGCUGCUGCAAAGAUCGGAAAGAUACUUGGGGAGCGGCUAUUGCAAAAUGACAUUCCUGCUGUUUCUGUUUUCUUGAAGAGGGAGCAGAAGUAUCAUGGCAAGGUCAAAGCUGUUAUUGAUUCCUUAAAGGAAGCUGGUGUCAAGUUGCUCUAAGUAUGUAAUAACUCACCCCUACCAUUUUUAUUCCGGGAGGAUUGCAAGACAGUUUUCUUUAACAUCUUGAGAAAGAGAUAAGAGUGGUAGUGUGUCGUCUACGUAAUAACUCGUCCCUACCAUUUUUAUUCUGGGAAUAUUGCGAGACAGUUUUCUUUUACAUCUCGAGACAGAGAUACACAGUGGUAGUGCUUCAUCUAUUCCCUAGCGAAAGACCUUACCAAAAUCUGCAAGAGCUUGUAUGGAUUUUACGAGCUCCAAUGACUACAAAGAAAAUAUUAAGUCCAUGUUUACAUCAAUCUAGUUACUUAGCAACUAUUUUGUUUUAAAUUCAACCAUUUUAUUAUCGAAUUCGAAAAGGA